AUGCGUCUUCUGCAGGGUGUUGUGUUGUCUUUGUUGGCGGGCACUGGUUUUGCCCAGCCAGGUAAAUAUGGUAGCAGUCCACCGGCUAAGCAGGCCCGCGCUGCUGGGUAUGUUCUCAAGGAGCCGCCGUUGACGACGCCCUGGACGGAUAAAGUGGGUGUUAACCCUUGGCCUGAGUAUCCGCGGCCACAGAUGCAGCGUUCUCAGUGGCGGAAUUUAAAUGGGGUUUGGCAGUACCAGAAUGCGUCGAGUCUGGCGGCUGUGAGGAAUCCGCCUUUUGGUCAGGAUCUUGCGCAGGAUGUACUUGUUCCCUCUUGUUUGGAGAGUGGGUUGUCGGGAAUCCAGGGAGAGUAUAUGAUAUACUCGUGGUUCUCAACCUCGUUUAAAGUGCCAUCUGAUUGGAAUGGUCAGAGUAUCAUGCUUAAUUUUGGAGCUGUGGAUUAUGAAGCAACAGUUUUUGUGAACGGAAAGAAAGCUGGCUUUCACCGUGGCGGAUAUUUCCGCUUUUCUUUGGAUGUUACUGAGUUUUUGAAGCCUGGCCAAGAAAAUGAGCUACUUGUUUUUGUCCAUGACCCCACGGAUGACGGUGACUAUGUCAUUCCCAUCGGAAAACAGACUCACAGACCAAGUCAUAUAUUCUACACCCCUUGCAGUGGAAUCUGGCAAAGCGUGUGGAUUGAGGCUGCGCCACGGAGCCAUAUUUCGGCACUGGACGUCGAUGGAAAUAUGCACGGUCAAGUCAAUAUGACCGUGCACACUUCAUCCGUCAAUACCACCACCAGCGUUAUCGUGACCGUGCAUGACGGAGACCAUGUCGUUGCAACUCACAGAGGACCCUCAAACCAGCCCUUCCAAUUCAAUGUCGAAUCACCAAAGCUGUGGUCUCCGGCCUCACCCAAUCUGUAUAACAUCACAGUCAAAUUGGGCAAAGACCAGGUCCAAAGCUACACGGGAUUCCGCACCAUUUCCAAGGGCACGGUCAACGGCGUUGUUCGACCAAUGUUGAAUGGCGAAUUCAUCUUCAUGUUCGGCACUCUCGAUCAAGGAUUCUGGCCUGAUGGAAUAUACACAGCACCCACCACGGACGCCAUGGUUUACGAUCUCCAAAUGCUGAAAAACCUUGGCUUCAACAUGGUCCGCAAGCAUAUCAAAGUGGAGCCUGAGCUCUUCUAUCGCGCCUGUGACGAGCUCGGUCUGCUUGUUAUCCAGGACAUGCCUGCUCUGCGUCCCCUCCAAAACAUAUUGCCUAAUGCAGCACAGCAGGUUGAGUUCUCACGCCAAUUGGAGAUACUGGUCAACCAGCACAAGAGCUUCCCGAGCAUUGCAACAUGGGUCAUCUACAACGAAGGCUGGGGACAGCUGACCGACUACUACCCCGAAUUUGAGUUGACCGAUCGGGUCCGGCAGUUGGAUCCAACGCGGCUGGUGGAUUCGACUACCGGUUGGUUCGACCAUGGUGCAGGAGACUUUAGCGAUAAUCAUCACUACGCCAAUCCGCAAUGUGGAACGCCCUUCUACUCCAUCGACUCCAGUCCUUACGACGACACUCGAAUCGGAUUCCAGGGAGAGUUUGGUGGAAUCGGCAACAAUGUCUCUAUUGAACAUCUCUGGAACAACCAGAACGCUAUCAACACCAUCAAUCAGACGUAUGAGAUCGAUCUCACGUUGGAUGCUUGGAACUAUCGUAGUCAUCUGCUCCUGAGCGAAUUGAAGGAUCAGGUGCGCCUUUUCUCGUGCAGCGGUGGCGUCUGGACUCAGACUACUGAUGUCGAGGGUGAAGUCAAUGGACUCAUGACCUAUGACCGGCGUUUGUCUCGAGUGAACGAGGCACAGUGGAAGGCCGAUAUCCAGGGUCUGUAUGAUGCGGCCGCAGGACGUAGCAACGGCACUAUACCUGCUUGA